CCAAUACAGCGGAAACGGCAUAUCUGUCGGAGUGGCAGGGUGGGCUUAGAUGUGUGACAUCAGUAAAAGUUGUGCUCUUGUGUUGCUAUCUGCCUGUGAGAUGCUAUUGGUUGCAAAUGUCUGCCUCUUGCGGGCAGUGCGCUCGAGGCUCAGAUGACUGCAGUUUCUUCCUGUGCAAAGUAGGAGGUGUUUAGGAAACAAAGCUAUGCUGCUUUGAUCUGUUUCAAUUUCCGUGAACUAGAGGGCAGGUUUUCAGAAAAAUAGAUUCAGCAAAAGCAAGCUCCGCAGUAUAAAUUGGCCUGCUUUUCCAAACCGGGGAAGACGCUUCUACUGCCUUCAGAGUUUCUUCAGGAAAAGUGAUUUCCGUGACUUUCUGCAAGCGAGAACUUCGACUACUAGAAAUUAACGAAACGGUUUGUUUUUGUUUCUUUUUAUAUAAAAAGUGGAAAAUAGGUAUAGUGCUAGAUUGUUAACUAACGGGCGACGUUAAAACAGUCAAGAAAAGGGAGAUUAAACAACUGUACAAAUUUAACUAAAAUAUAACCACCGUAAUAGGUGAUCACUACUUGACAAUUACAGAAGGGCCUAAACGUUAGAUAAUAUUAUUGUAAAUAUUUUCUAAAGAAGUGUUGUUAUUUUUUAUUUUAAUUUAAUCUACGUUAAAAAUUGGCAUUUGAAACCAUUUACUUGCCUUGUGAAGUGAACAAUAGGGUUACCGUUAGCAGCGUAUACAAAAUAAACAUAAUAAUUAAUAUACUGCGAAUAUUGAGACGCACACUUUUUGAUCAGAACCCAAUAAAAAAAAUGACAAAUUCAUCACCUGCCACUCGGAACAUACCUGGCCGCUUUCUCCAAAAGACUUGCACAGUGGUUGUGGUUUUUUGCGCGCUUCAUCUCUCAGUUACUAUGCUGUAUUACUUUAAUACUUUUGAAAUAAUUAAAAACAGUGUUUCUGCCCAAAAUUCACAACAGAAAAAUAUAAACGUCAGCACUGUAUAUCCCACCACCAUGUCGCAAAUUGCACCAGUAACAGAAACUGCUGCAAUAUUUAAAACGGAAGCAGAAGAAACCAAGCCGAAGAAACUGGAACAAUGUCCCGAAACAUCGCCACUUCUAGUGGGCCCACUUAGGAUUGAGUUUUCCCAGCCAGUUGACUUGGAUGAAGUCAAGAAACAGAAUCCAGCAUUACAAGGAGGGCGGUUUACCCCAGAAGACUGUAAAGCUCUUCAGAAAGUGGCUGUCAUUAUUCCAUUCCGAAACCGCGAGGAACAUCUCAAGUACUGGCUGUACUAUCUUCAUCCCAUUCUGCAGCGGCAGCAGCUUGAUUAUGGCAUUUAUGUGAUACAUCAGAAAGGAGAUGAAACUUUCAAUCGGGCUAAGCUACUGAAUGUGGGCUAUGCUGAGGCUUUGAAAGAUUAUGAUUAUGAUUGCUUUGUGUUCAGUGAUGUGGACUUGAUCCCAAUGGACGAUCGCAACAUCUACAAGUGUUUUGGUCAGCCAAGACACAUCGCUGUAUCUAUGGAUAAAUUUGGCUUCAGGCUACCUUAUACACAGUUCUUUGGAGGUGUAUCUUCUUUAAGCAAGGAGCAGUUUGAAAAGAUCAAUGGCUUCCCCAACAACUACUGGGGGUGGGGAGGUGAAGAUGAUGAUAUUUACAACAGAAUUGUUUUUAAAGGUAUGGGAAUAUCUCGCCCAGAUGGUACUAUUGGAAAAUGUCGAAUGAUCCGUCAUAACAGAGACGACAGAAAUGAGCCUAAUCCACAGAGGUUUGACAGAAUUGCACGCACAAGGGAGACAAUGAAUUCAGAUGGCAUAAAUUCACUGUCUUACAAGGUGGUUGAAAUUAAAAAGAAUACAUUAUUUACAGAAAUAAUUGUGGAUAUUGGCACUCCAAGAAGGUAACCUCCAGUAUAUGCAAAGCUUUGUUUAUACAUAUGUACUCUGUGUGUGUGUAUAUAUAUAUAUAUAUAUAUAUA